UGCGCCGGUUCAUCCUUGACGGUCGUUCGGCGUGGCGUGGGAGAUAAAUUUUGGGAGGCGGGCGCCUUCUUAUCGUAGCUCUUGGUGCGGGUUAUCUGCCCAGGCGCGACGCACUCAAUCCCGCUCGAGACACGGCCUCCAGCGGCCGACUGACCGACCGCUUCUCGCAGACAUGCCGUUCGCACUGACGAAGAUGGGGCUGACAGUGCUGCUGCUGAUGCUCGCAGUGUCGCUUGACAAGGUGACGUGCAGCUCAACAAUCAUUAAGGUGCCACCAAUAAAGCCCGGCGAGGUGAACCAGACCAUUGUAGUGAACGUCCCACCGACGGUAGACGUGACGCGCACCGUGCAGCAGGGCAACGACACUUCGGCUCGGCUGGUCCUGCAGCCACAGCCGUCCCCGACGGGCGACUGCCUGCUGUCCGACUGCGACGAGAACGACGUGGGCUGCGACGGGCUGCCGCCGUGCGGGCCCUUCUGCCCCCAGGAGGCGUGCUCGCGCGUCAACUGCACCCAGUGUUGGCAGGCGGGCUUCGGCGGGCCCUGCUGCUGGUCGUGCUGUUCCCAGUACAUGCCCUACACAUUCCCCCAACAGCCCCUGACGACUCCCCAACAAUGGCAGCUGCGGCCGUUCUUCCCGUACCCACUGCCCGAGGCUAUACCUCUGGCACCGGCACAGCCCAUGCCUUUCCCACAGCUACGUCCCAUGCCCAUUCCACAGCAACAAGCAAUCCCCAUUCCACAGCAGCAAGCCAUUCCGAUUCCACAGCCACAACCUUACCCACUUGCACAGCCACAACGUAUCCCCAUUUCUCAGCCACAACCCAUCCCCAUUCCACAACCGCAGCCCAUCCCCGUGUCUCAGUCCCAGUCCAUUCCCAUUUCGCAGCCCUGGUCAGUCCCUUUCCCCAUCUCGGCGUCCCAGCCUUACGCCGUUCCCCAACCGAUCCCAUAUCCCCAACUCCAACCUCAGGUACAGUCCCAACCGCAGGAGGUAAUGUACGACAUUCCACAGCAGUGCCGUCCGAUACCGUGGUGGCCGUUCCUGCAGUGUCCCCAACCUCCCAGCUGCGGACCGUGGUACAACCCUGGCUGUACCCCACAACAACCUACCUGGCCAAAUCUGUGUUACACUGCACAUCCCUGCUAAAGGCUAGACAACGCUUACACAUAUGCAUGUCCCUUUCUGUGAUUCAUUUUUUUCUUCACAGUUUGUAACAAAACCAUACUGACAAACUACGAGGGAAUUUCUUUUAUACUACUUAUUUUGGCCUCAGGUCACGUAGUUUGUAGCAGUGUUUCAGCUUGCUACCAAGUCACCACCUUUCAAAGCAGAUCACUUGAUGACGAAUUAAUAGUGAGUCAACACUCGUAAAGAUACCAUCUGUAUGACCAGAGGCAGCAAAUCUAUUAUUAAUAUUAUUAUUUCUAUAAGAUAGUCACUCUGUUUGACUAAGGCAGUAUAUCUACUCUGCAUACAUUUUAGUGGUUGUACAACCUGUUACGGAAAAAUUUGACGACAGGAACUCCCAUCCGAAAAACAUGCGGCUAAGCAACGUUCAGGCAGCAAACUCGAAUUUUUACGCUGAUAGACAGCAAGCGGAAUUUAUUGCUCUGUGCCUGACACCACGUACUACAUUACGUGGAGAGGAACGAGUCCAAGCCUGACACAAAAGCCUACAAAUGCACAUUCCCAACGAAAGGGGUUGCACUGGCCCCUACAGCUUCCAAGCUCCAUUGCAUCAACAGAUAAUAUUUCUAGACAUGGGUUCACAUCCUCAUUUUAUUCCUCAGCAUACACUCUACAAAUCUAGGAACUUCUUCACUUGUUUGUUACACAUUGCAUAUUUGCUCUAUUCUAUAUAGAAAGUUGUUAAGUAGCAAUUUCAUUUCCAUUUUUUCUGCAACGUGUUAAUUUUGAUGUCAACAGCGUUAAGGGAGCCUUGAUCCAUAAACCAUUCAAAGACGUAGGGGUCAAAAUAAGGUUAUAAGUUUCAGCUUUAUCUGUACUGACGUAUAUAACAAUGUUCUCACGAAUAAUAUGGUAUGUAAACAAUAAAAUGUGUGUGUUUUUAACAGAAA